AAUCACAUAUCCGCACGCCAAGUACUGCACGUCUUCCUUCAACAUAGGGCCCAUGCCUGCGAUAUAUGCUUCCAUCCCCAUCAUAUGCUAUGAUAUUUUCCUAGUCGCUCUCGCGGCUGUUAUCCUCGUGAAACACUUGAAAGAACGAAAAGAAGUCAGAAUGAGGCCUAACAUCUAUGUCCUAUUUAUCGUUCGAUGUCAUAUCAUAUACUUCGUCCUGAACUUGACAAACCAAAUCUUAUUGGCGCUAUUAUGGCUCAACCUGACAGAGCCAGCGAUGAGUCUCUCAGAGACGUUCAUCAAUACCGCGCCAUUCAUCAUUGCGCCCCGCCUGAUCAUCAGCAUUUGGGAUACUCAUGCCAACACAGAGUGCGCACAUAUCAGCACGGCGUUCGCAGAUUGUGUAUGUUGGACUCUGCCACCGACACUCGAGCAGCACGAGAUGGGCUCC